AUGUCAAACGACACUUCUACCAUGCCACGUCCCAGAAAUCAUCCUUUUGACCCCCUGACACCGGGGGAGAUCUCAAAGGCUGCUGCCAUCGUUAGACCACUUUUCCCCGGUCAGAACCUCAACUUUCGCGUUAUCACUCUCAAAGAGCCGCCCAAACAUGAGAUGAUCCCGUAUCUAGAGAAGGAGCACCGCAAACAACCUGUGGGCGCUCCUCCUGUCCGUGUCGCUAGGGUGCAGGUCAUCUUAUCUGGUGAUACGGACUCGCAAAAGUUUGUCGAACUCUUUGUGGACCUGGAUAAAAGUGCUGUGGUCAAACAACAGCAUCUUGAGGGAAAACAUCCGUACAUUGAUUCUGCAUACAUGAAGUCUGUAGAGAAAGCUUGCCUAGGCGAUCUUCGUAUACAGGCCGAGAUUCGAAAGCUAGAUUUGCCGCCGAGUGCUUCUGUCAUUGUUGAGCCGUGGGCGUAUGCCACAGAUGGUUUGAAUGAUAUGUCCCAGCGAAUAACCAUGUGCUGGUUUUACAUGCGACUCGUGGAAAGUGAAGAUGCCAACUACUAUGCGUAUCCUCUAGAUCUAUGUGCAGAGGUGUCAGAGCAGCUUCAAGUGACCAAGAUAUAUUAUCUACCAUCUGCCCAGAAUGAUGGUGUGCAUGCUGAGACCCAGCCUUUUGAUCGCCGCAGAAUCCACUCUCUUAGUGAUAGCGAGUAUCACCCAGACUUGCGGCCGCCUACCCGCAAGAAUUUGAAGCCAUAUCAGGUUGUGCAGCCUGAAGGGCCGUCAUUCACAACGCAGGGUAACUUCUUACAGUGGGAGAAAUGGACCAUGCAUAUUGGCUUCAACUACAGAGAAGGCUUGACGCUACAUGAUAUUUGCUACGACGGCCGCAGCCUCUUCUAUCGCUUGUCACUCGCUGAGAUGUUUGUCCCCUACGGUGACCCUCGUGCCCCUUUUCCCCGUAAGGCAGCGUUUGAUCUCGGUAAUGAUGGCGCCGGUCUUAAUGCAAACAACUUGCGCCUUGGCUGUGAUUGCCUAGGCCUAAUUAAAUACUUCGACGGGUGGCAUACCACGUCGUCUGGCGAGCCACUGAAGUUGCCAAAUGUGAUUUGCUGCCAUGAACAGGAUGACGGGAUUCUAUGGAAACAUACCAACUUUCGUACAAACAAUGCCGUCGUCACCCGAUCACGCGUCCUAGUCCUCCAAACCAUCAUCACAGUGAGCAACUAUGAAUAUAUCUUCAACUUUCAAUUUGGCCAGGAUGCCUCAAUCCACUAUGAGGUUCGCGCGACGGGCAUCCUUUCCACCGUCCCAAUCAAUCUUGGAGAUAGGGUGCCGUGGGGCACUCUCGUCGCCCCUGGUGUGCUUGCGCCUUACCAUCAGCAUCUAUUCAGUCUCCGGAUUGACCCUGCCAUCGACGGCCAUUCAAACUCUCUCCAGGUAGAGGAAUCCAAGCCGAUGCCAGUGAAUGAUCCCUCAAUCCACAAUCCGUUCGGGGUCGGAUAUACCACAAAUUCCCAGAUAAUCAGCGCAGAGGCUGGCUUAGAUCUAGACUUCACGACAAACCGUACAUUCAAGAUCAUCAACGAGAAUGUUAUCAACCCAAUCACCGGAACGCCAGUUGGAUUCAAGCUGCAUCCGUUUUAUAGCCAGAUGCUCCUCUCACAUCCGGGGUCUUACCAUGCACGGCGAUCUGAGUUUGGCAGUCACGCUGUAUGGGUGACCCGUUAUUCGGAUGAUGAGCUCUUCCCUGCUGGACAACAUACCAUGCAGUCAACUGGAGGCGAUGGUAUUGCCUCAGCCAUUGAGGCGCGCCGGAAUGAGGGCUCCGUCACAGUGCGCAACGCAGAUAUCGUCAUUUGGCAUACAUUUGGCUCUACACAUAAUCCUCGAAUUGAGGACUGGCCCGUCAUGCCCUCUGAAAAGAUGACGGUAGCCUUAAAGCCCGUCAAUUUUUUCACUGGAAAUCCAGGUCUUGACGUGCCGGUCUCCGCCCAGGAUCACAAUAAGAGCGUUUUAGUCGAGAACCACGACGAACAGGCUACUAGCGUUCCGUGCUGCAAUAGGUUAUAA